AUGCAACAAUAUGCCUUCAUUCAUGACGCAUUGCGUGAAUACCUCAUCUGUCCUGAGCAUGAGGUACUUGCCUCGGAAUUUCCAGCCUACGUCCACUGUCUACGCAAAGUAGAACCAUGUGGAUGUAGUGGUCUUCAGAAACAAUUCGAGAUCUGCACCGAAAGGAUCCCUCGGGACUACGAGUUCACGGAAGCCAGGAAAGCCUGCAAUUUGCCGAAAAAUCGUUCUGACAUCGUGCCGACCGACACCAGACGUGUAACUUUACCCAGCGAGCCCGGAGUGGAUGGAUCUUCCUACAUCAACGCCUCUAUUGUACAGGGCUACCGGAACCUGAGCGAGUUUAUUAUCGCUCAACAGCCCUUGGAGUCUACAGAGGUGGACUUUUGGAAGAUGGUCUGGGACAAGAAUUCGCCCUUCAUCUUCGUACUCUCCAGCGAAGAUAUGCCCUGUUUCUGGCCUGAAAGCCCUCAGAGUGUAAGCCACACUGCUACCAACUGCUCCUUUCUUAACCACACUUUCAUUGCUGCCUUCGUUCCGAGCGAACAGACUAUCUAG